AUUCGCUAAAUUAAUGAAAAAGAAAAAAAUAUAUAUAUAUAUAUAUAUAUAUAUAUGCAUUUUAAAUAUGCAAAUAAUACCUCAUAUCAUAAAAGACAAAUUAUUUGUAAGAUACAUAUUUUGUUUCUAUUAUUAAAAUUACUCACAUUUGUAUAUCUAUGUAUAAGAAAUGUUUCCACAAAGUUAGAAUUUGAAAUAAACUGGAUAUACAUACUUAUAACAAUAAAAAUAACAUAUUUUUCUACUAUAUAAGCUUUAUCAUUAUUUAAGCUUUAUCAUUAUUUUGUAUAUUCUGUCAAUUCGUUUGUAUUUAAUGGACAUAUAAGUUGGUUUUCGCUUUCAUUGAUAAGUAGAAUUUGCUUGCUCAUAAAUAUAAAUGGAUUAUGGAUUAUUACAAUCCAAAUUGUAUUUUGCUAAGAAGUAUUUAAUAUUGCCAAAGAGACAAGAUAAUACCUUUUAUGCUAUACUUUAUAUAUAAACUCCAUGAAAGUUUAGAAAUAAUCUCUUCAUUAGUACACGUAUGUUAAAAGCUAAUUAAACAUUAUCAUUAAAAAUAUUCAUUACAGCAGUUUUGUUAAGUAUAGGAUUAAUAUCGUCAUACAGAUUUUAGAAAUUCUUAAGAAACUAAAGAAGUUGAACUCUUUUUUGGCUAACAAUUUCUAUCCUGUAAAUAUAACAAAUGUAAAAAAUAAAAAAGCUGGCAUUUAGAUUGAAUAGAGAGAUUAGAUAUCAAUAAGGGGGGAAUAUUUGUUGGAAAUUAUAAAAAUGUUGGAACCAAAAAUUGUUUUAUAUUAGCUUAAAUCGUAUUGGUUCACAUUAUGUUAGCUGAAAUGUACACUAGUUCAUUGACGUGCAAGAAACUGUUUAAUAUACAGGCAUGAAUGCAUAGAGGUAGUAAAAGAGGGGGCAUUAAUAUAAAGCAGCUCCAUUCUUCAGCAGAAACAAUAUUAGAAGAGUCAAUGCACUGUCGAGGUAGUGCAAAAUCUAGUCAAACAAAUAAGCUAUUUGCUGUUUUUGGCAAUCAAGAUUAAUAUUUCCUUUUAUAUCUACAAAAAUCAGAAGAGCGACAUAAAUACUUUUAGUUUAAAAUGUGUGACGACGAUGUAGCAGCCUUAGUAGUAGAUAAUGGAUCAGGGAUGUGCAAAGCAGGAUUUGCAGGAGAUGAUGCUCCGCGUGCUGUAUUCCCUUCCAUUGUUGGAAGACCUAGAUAUCAGGGAAUCAUGGUUGGUAUGGGACAGAAGGACAGUUAUGUGGGAGAUGAAGCACAAAGUAAAAGGGGUGUUUUAACUGUUAAAUAUCCAAUCGAGCACGGCAUUGUAACAAACUGGGACGAUAUGGAAAAAAUAUGGCAUCAUACAUUCUAUAACGAACUAAGAAUCGCUCCGGAAGAACAUCCUGUUCUAUUGACCGAAGCUCCUUUGAAUCCUAAAGCUAACCGAGAAAAGAUGACACAAAUUAUGUUUGAAACUUUUAAUUCUCCAGCAAUGUAUGUCGCUAUACAAGCUGUUUUAUCGCUUUACGCUUCAGGGCGCACUACAGGCAUUGUUCUAGAUAGCGGAGAUGGUGUUUCACACACAGUACCGAUUUACGAGGGAUAUGCGUUACCACAUGCAAUUUUACGUAUGGACUUGGCCGGCCGCGAUUUAACAGAUUACCUCAUGAAGAUCCUAACGGAAAGAGGAUAUUCUUUUACUACGACCGCGGAGCGUGAAAUUGUUCGAGAUAUUAAAGAAAAAUUGUGUUACGUUGCUUUGGACUUUCAACAGGAGAUGGCUACGGCCGCUGGCUCAAGUGCCCUCGAAAAAAGCUAUGAAUUACCGGAUGGUCAGGUAAUUACUAUUGGAAAUGAACGUUUUCGGUGUCCAGAAGCAAUGUUUCAGCCAAGCUUCCUCGGCAUGGAAUCAUGUGGAAUACAUGAAACCACCUACAAUUCAAUCAUGAAAUGUGACGUCGAUAUUCGUAAGGAUUUAUACGCCAAUUCAGUCUUAUCGGGCGGAACCACUAUGUAUCCAGGUAUUGCGGACAGGAUGCAAAAGGAAAUAACGGCACUGGCUCCGUCUACAAUGAAGAUCAAGAUAAUCGCGCCUCCAGAAAGGAAAUACUCGGUCUGGAUCGGUGGCUCGAUCUUGGCCAGUUUGAGCACCUUCCAACAAAUGUGGAUUUCUAAGCAAGAAUACGACGAAUCGGGUCCGUCUAUUGUACACAGAAAGUGUUUCUAAUUCUCCAUUCCAAAAGAGUUUUCAAGAGGUUUCAAAAGAAAUUUGACUAUAUUCAAUUGAAAAAUUAUAAAUCGAUAUUGUGUCGUAAUAAAACUAACUUACUCUGUA